UACUGGACACCGUCUCGGGUGCUUGGUGGUUCAGUCUGGUGUUGCAGUGUUCGGCUGUAGAAAUGCACCGGUGGCGGCGCUGGACGCAGAUGCCAUGACAGCGUGACCUGUGUCUAACGGGAGAGGGUGUAGUCUACAUGGAGCCACAACACUGAUGAGAAUCUACGAUCUUUUAACUGGAUUUCGCAAAAUAACAUCGUGUAGUCGAGGAAGCGCCUACAGUAUUGCGGAAGGGGACAGUUCUUUUGUUUAUCUGGGAGAGAUCAGUGCAUCUGGAGUACUGUAGGAUGCAAAGGGGUUUCUCUGAGAAACAAAGAUGAGUGUGACAUCAUGGUUCCUGGUCAGCAGCUCUGGUACUCGUCACCGUCUGCCACGGGAAAUGAUCUUUGUUGGCCGGGAGGACUGCGAGCUAAUGCUGCAGUCUCGUAGUGUGGAUAAACAACAAAAACAACAAACUGUUAUCAACUAUAACCCUGCCACAGAUGAGCACCUUGUCAAGGAUCUUGGAAGUUUAAAUGGGACCUUUGUGAAUGACUUGAGAAUUCCAGACCAAACAUACAUAACCCUCAAGCUGUCGGACAUUGUUCGUUUUGGAUAUGAUUCACAUGUGUAUAUUCUUGAAAGGAGUCAACAUAAAGUCCCUGAAGAGGCCCUCAAGCAUGAGAAGUACACCAGUCAGCUGCAAAUGGGCAUAAAAUCUACAGAAAGCAAGCAACAGAACCUGCAGGAGGAAAAGUCCAAAUUAGAGCGCUCGGAACGCAAGAGUCUCACAGAGUCACCUGUACCCAGGCCAACACCACUGUAUGGCCAGCCAUCUUGGUGGGGUGAGGAGGACUCUGGGAACAGGGAAGCACAAAAUGAAGGACGAAGGUCAGGUGAGAGUCAUUCAGACAUCACAAAGGAGGCCCCGACACCCCGACAACUAAGUUAAAAAUCUAACAUCCAUGUUCAUGAGAUCCGUGACAGCCAGGUCAAGUCAACCUAUCCGUACCACAGAGAGCCCAGUUAUUUUGAAAUUCCAACAAAAGAGUUCCAUAUACAACCCAAGUCCCCAGCUACAGAUUUAAUUGAUAUCCCAACCAAAGACACCAAUAUUCCUCUAAUUUCUACACCUCCAGUUGUCCAGAGUCACGCUUCUUUUACUAUAGAGUUUGACGACUGCUUACCAGGCAAAAUUAAAAUCAAGGAUCAUGUGACCAAGUUUUCCUCUCGUCAGCGUAGCAAACAGCAGCAGCAGCCCAGUAAUUCUCAGGUAGCCACACCCACAGAGGUUCUAUCAGCUUCGAGCAAGGUGGCAGAUUGGCUUGUGCAGAGUGAUGUCAUGUAUGAUUUCAGGCGUCCUCCUUGUGAGGAUGUAGAAAUAACAAAGACUUACCUAUCCAUACACAUUCUCUCCCUAAUAGGACACCAUCAUGACGAUGGAACCCAGAGUGAUUCAGAAGACCCUGUAAUGAAAGGACAACGCAGCAAGUCACAUCAUUCCAUGCAAUCACAAUCAUCAGUACAGUCACACCAGUCAGCUCAAUCAAAGAAAUCUGAACCAUCCGAAUCAGUUCUGUCCCAAGAGUCUGUUUUAGUGCAAAAGUUUCAUCAUCCCCACUCAGUCUCUCCACACAAACACCAUCAAGGAGAACUUGAUGAAUGCGAAGUUCAUCCUGUUCAAGAAGCCUCUUCUCCUCCCCAGACAGAGGUCAAGUCCAUUCACCCUGAGCCUCACACCCAGCAGGCCUUCAUUAUUGAGUUCUUUGAUGAUAAUCCCAGAAAGAAGCGGUCACAGUCCUUUACCCACAACUCUGUGCAUGCUGACUCCUACUCUGCAUUGAAGGCCAAACUAGAGAGACGGAAAGGUCUGGCUCAUGGGGAAAGGCCCGCCUCUGUGCACGGGCAUGUUCCUCCAACACAGCAAAUGACUGUUCCACUGAAAGGUUCAAGCCAUGGAGGUUCACAGCGAUCAAGCUCACUGAAGAGAGAUAAGACAGAAGACAGUGGGACCAGCACAUCUUUAUUAGGGACCUCGUCGCGCUCUUCAACAGCUAUCACCAUUAAGCCUUUUGGGAGUGUCGGCAAGAAGUCCAAACUAGCUCAGGAAUUUACUGCAGAGUUCUUUAAGGACACGGGAAAGACUUUCCCACCUCCCAUGUCUGCCCCACCUGUGAUGAUGUCCCCAUCACACACGCUCCUACCCUCCCCAGCAGAGCCACCUGGACCCUCAUCUGUAUCAUACCCAUCUUCUCCAUCCCAACUACCUGCAUUAUCCCAGUCUCUUCUUCCAGCAACCUCGCCUGUCUCCGUCCCUUCCCAAACCCCAGGAAGGUGCACAGUUUCUAGUGGCUCCCCAACCCGCUCAGCUGGGUCACCUGUGCCACCGUUUUCACCACUGUUAGUUAGUGGUGUUGAAACUAAGGGCUCAAGGGUGACACGAACUGAGGAGGAGGACAGUCUGAGUGAUGCUGGUACCUACACAAUUGAGACAGAGUCACAAGAUAAGGAAGUGGAGGAAGCUAGAAGUAUGAUUGAUCAGGUGUUUGGUGUUUUAGAUGCACCAGAAUACAGUGGUCAGACAUUUGGAGUUUAUAGGCCUGUGAUUGAUGAUGGUAAAGAUGAGCAACUAUUCUUGAGUCAUAGCCAUGGUAUGGCAGCUGAUGUAAUGUCAACAUCAUCACAGGGCCAUGGUGGGGACCAAGUCAUCUCACUGCAGGCACAUCCUGAGGUAGGAGGGCCUAAAUGGGUUUCACGCUGGGCCAGCCUAGCAGACACUUACAGUGAUCCUGGGGCUACUAUGGGAUCUAUGGGAAUUCCACCCCAAAGUGGACCUGCAGACAGAGAUGACAGUGUGACAUCAACGAUAAGUCAAAGUUUGGAUUUCUUGGAGUCAGAGUGCAGUCAAGUUUCCAGGACCAGGCGACUACUUCCUCAGGUUCCACCAGGAGAAAAACUGGAGAACACAACCCCCAGUAUCUUGAUUCGGCAUGAAUCAAACAUGGACCAUGAGCCACCAGAGAAAGGUUCCCGAGCACCACAGCAGCAGGACUGCACUCAGAGGCUAUGUGUCCAAGAUGAUGUGGACCCAGACAGUCUGAGUGACACUAGCCGUUCAGACGACAGCUCUAUCCUUGAUAGGAGUGGAAGGAGCCAAGGAAAGAGAGGAACUAUAAUACAUUCCCCCUCUGAAAACAUUAACCAUUCCAGAGGGUUAAGAGAGUUGCCAACACCCACUCCUAAACCCACCUCAUUUUAUAUAGGUUCUGAGGAUGGUUCAUGCAAGUCAGAUGUGUCCAAAAGUCCAGUUCUUUCACAGCCAGAGAGAGACUCCUCUCCUAAGAUACCUCCAACAACUGUCUUGAUACGACAUUUGAGUGGCCAUGAGUCUAGGCGUCCAGUGAAGCCUAACUCAUCAGCCCCAAAUCUUCAGACGCAUAACAGGGAUGUGGUGCCCACCAAAGAGACCGCAAUGUCAUUUGUUCGACAAGAGAGUUUUACGAAAGAUAGGCCAAGUGAUAACAUUCAAGUCAAGAAACUGCCACAUAUCUCUAGUCAUCCUGCUUUGAGAAACUUGGAUACUGAGGAAGCUGUUCGAGAUACAUUUCCCUAUCCUAAGGAAGCAGAGAAAUCUUUGACAUCACCAGAAGAAAAGUUACCUGAAUCUAGUCAACGAUCAAAAAAAGGAAGCUGUCCUGCACAAGAGGACUCCCUUUCUGGUGAUUCAGAUGUUGAUACCGCCAGUACUGUAAGCAUAGUCAGCAAUAAAAAUGCUCCUGCCAGUGCAAAUAAGAAGCACACAUCUGCAGGUUAUAUGCGUAAAGAGAAGUCAUCUUCUGGUUUACAAGACAAAGCACGACAACCUACAGCUCGUGAACGACUAUCAGAAAAACGUAGAAAUCAUGCCCCUGCUGAUAAUACCAGUAAAGCUGAACUAAGUCGUCGGCUACAGCUUCGUCGUAGUGCUGGUAACCGUGGUUCUUUAGACCUUUCGGAUAAUCAGCAUGGUCAACAGCUGUGGCAUGAAGCUGCGGCUUCUGACCAUGAGUCAAGUUCACAACCCAACAUCCGCAAAAAGCUUACUGCACCCCUGCAGAAAGAGGACCCUAAUAAGAUGACCAAAGGAGGCCAGCAGGUGCUGACCCGGUCCAAUAGCCUUUCAGCCCCAAGACCAACCCGUGCCUCCAUGCUCCGCCGAGCUCGACUGGGUGAGGCCUCCGACAAUGAGGGUGCGGAGACAGACCGUGCAUCUCAGAGCUCCGACCAUAGUAAGACUCCUGCUGAGGGAAAGAAGCUGUCAAGACUGGACAUUCUUGCCAUGCCUCGGAAACGCACUAGAUCCUUCACUGUUCCAAGUGACAAUGAGUCUACCUCAAGCAAGCAUGGCAUUUCUAACCGUCCUACAGAAGCAAAUAGCAGUGUGAGGAAAGGGGCUUCAAGUGAGGUGAGGCAGGCUACCAGCAAAGGGGCCACAUCAGCAGGGAAGCACUCCACCACUCGUACCCGUUCUAACCAAGUUAAACACAGUAGCACAACUGGUUCCCACCGUAGACAAAAGGAUUCAGAUUAUUCCUCUACCUCAGAGGAGGAGUUUGAAACCAAUUCCAAACAUAAACACUCUCAUGCCUCAGCUUCAACUCAGACACAGACACCACAGAAGACCAUUCAAAUGAGGCUAAAAUGUGGCUCUUUGGAAACGGAAGAGGACGAAACUCAGAAUGAACACUUCCAGAACUGGUCUACUCAUAGUGCAGAAAUCGCCAGGCUGAGUCAAGAUCUGGCCAAAGAUCUGGCCAUCCUCGCACGUGAAAUCCAUGAUGUUGCAGGGGAUGGUGACUCCCAGACGUCAUCAGGCAUGGGAGCUACCACUUCCCCAGGCUCCAUGCCCAAUACCCCAGCAUCCACUAUCUCGACUAGAGAGGAGAGACCAUAUGCAUCAUUACAGAGGUUCCUGUUACCUCAGCUGGUACAGCAUAUACCUGAGGCAAGUCUGAACUAUCAAAAGGUUCCUCCAGGCUCAACUAGUCCAAUAGACCAGGACUCAAAUAUGAACGACCAUGACAGUUCCAGACGGCGUCCCUGGAACCGUGAAGAGGUAAUUUUGGACAAUCUUAUGUUAAACCCAGUGUCCCAGCUCUCCCAGGCUAUCAGAGAGAACACGGAGCAACUAGCAGAGAAAAUGAAAGCUCUCUUUCAUAACAAGACAGAGGUCUGGGAGGAAAUAGAGGCAAAAAUCAAUGCUGAAAAUGAAGUUCCCAUCCUUAAGACAUCUAAUAAGGAAAUCUCAUCUAUUCUUCAAGAACUGCGAAGAGUCCAGAGACAACUUGAAGUGAUCAACACUAUUGUUGAACCUGGAGGAAUCCUCAAGAUUCACCCAGUGGGAACUUCUCCUGGGGGAAAGACCAAAUCUGCUUCCAAGGAGUUUACCAGCCCCACUUCUGCUAAUGCCAAUGCAAGUACAAAGCGAGGGCCCAGGGGGCCCGAGGGAGGUCGAUAUGUAGUAUAAGCUUGCCUUCAACAAGGGCGUAGCCAUUAGCUUGCUUUGCAAAAAACAAAAAACAACAACAACAAAAAAAAAUAACACAACCAUGUCAAUCAUGUACUGCACAUCUCUUUGGAAACUGCCAUAUUCGUGGCACAUUUGUACAAGUAUUGUGAGACUAUUAGUGGUGCAAAUAUGCGGCAAAUGCUUUCUCAAAGACUGCGGACACACUUCACAAGCUAAAGCAGGUGUAAACAUUGUUCUUUUCAACAGUUGUAAUCUGUGGCUUGUUUGAAUGAUUGUCUAUAUGCCAAGUUGUCAUUCAUGAUUGAGUGAAUAAGUGGGUGUGUCAUUGUAUUCCUGUACCAUGUCUGUUGUGGACUCAUUGAUUGAAAACCAUGAGAAAACUAUGUAGCAUUCAAUCCAUCUUCAUUGUCACUUAGCUGCUACAUAUCUUCAGCAUGAAAAAAAUGGGUGAAUACACAAUACUAAAUAAGUGCUUGCCUUCAACAGGGGUAUAGCCACUAGCUUGCUUUGCAGAAAAAAAAAAAAAAACCUUCAAGAGCUGUUUUAAAUUUAAUGCAACUUUUGGCAUAGAUUGUUUCUUUUUGUAUUUUUGUUUUGGACCUACACCACAUAUGUAUGUCUGGGGUGUUUGUUUACGCGUGUAAGCGAGUGCUAGAUUAUGUAGUGUUAUGAUUAUGUGUGAUGCUGUGAAGUAUUGUUUCUGUAUGCUACAGGUGAAAACUUGAGAAACGGGUUACCUUCACCCUGCCCCUAUAUAUUAUGCUUUUAUGAUUGUAUGCAACAAAAUGAUUGUUUUUAAUUAAGGAUGACAUAAAACUAUUGGAGCAAUCAAAAAGUAGCUGGAUGUAACAGGCCCUCAUGUUUGCAUUAGCCAUGUAUUCUUUAAAUGUUAUAUACUCUAAGUAUUUGUGAUUUUGAAUGUUUUAAAAGCACAAAAUGAUGUUAAGAUAUCUUUUAAAAGAGAAUGAAAUCCAAAACAAUAAUGUCACACAAAUAUUUAAUUUAGAAAAUCACACAUAUAUUAGCAGAAGAAAGGGUAAGAUAACCCUUGGGGCAAGAUCAUUUUUCUCUUGACCAUUGAUGCCACAAAAUGUCAUCUCAACACAAUUGAUAAAUGCCUAUGCUCUUCUUAAAAUUAGACUACCUAAAAUUAUAUAUUUGGGAUAAGAUGGCCUCUCCCACAAUUGGCCUCAAGCAGCAUGUUGUUUUUAAUUUAAUACAUGGAUACAUUUAAUUUAAUAAACGAUUAUUCUUUUCAUGAUUUCAGUGUACACUUUAGAGAUCUUCACUUGAAAUCAUUCAGUUUGAAUUUAUAUUGUUGCUGUAAUGACAUAUCUUCAAUUAAAAUACCGGCAACAAAAUAUGUAAAUAUUCAUAUGCUGUAUAAUGUAGUAAAUGCACAUUGUCUUUAAGGGUGGCAUCUUACCCUAACUAUUUUAGCUUGAGACUGGCCGAUAUAGAAUUAUUGUGACAUCCAGUACCUUCUGAUGACAACAAUGUGAAUGUGCAGUGAACCAUACAAACUACAUACAAGAACAUCUUUCUGUCUACUGGGUCCCAUCAACACAUCAAAUUAUUUAGUAAAUGACAUGUUAGGAUUGUACUUGUCUUGUGUCUGUAAUUGUGAUCUUCCAUUACAGGGUUUUUUUUUUGUUUGUUUUUUACCAUUUAAUGUUAAAAAUGUUUCUAAAUAUCUGCACUAAGAAAUGAUUGUAUACAGCAUUAGAUUUAUGGUUUUGCGGCUCACCAUCAAACAGUUUGCUUUAGUUUUGGCUGUGUGUUAUGGAUGGUUUGAUGUAUGUAUCAAAUGCAAAUGAGAUAAUUAUUUUGGAAUUAUUGCAUGUGUGUCAUAUGUAAUGUAGGUGAGCCAAAGCUAGGACUUGUGUACAGCUGUGUGUGUGUUCACUUAUAGAGCAGUACUGCAGCAAGUUGAUGUACAACUAACAUUUAUAAAGCCUAGUAAUUGCACACAAGGUGCAAUUGUAUGUUUUGUGCUGGAGUACUUGUGCUCUCCUUAUGUAUUUAUAAAUUUAUUCUGUAAUUUUCUUGUCACCCACAAUACAAGGCCUGUAAAUACACUGUA